AUGUGGAGCAAAGACCCCCCCGCACCACCGUGUGACGACACUAGAGCGGCAGGCGUGGCGGAAGAAAGUGAAGCGGCGACUGCGUGCCAAGCAUCGAAGGAAAACGCAUCCUUACGGACAAACACUCGGUGGUCUCCUGAGGUGGAAAAAGAAGAAGUGCAGCAAAACUACUGUAUGGAUGUAAAGGGUAUUGGAAAGAUUCCACAUCUCCAUGUGAAGGGGAAAACUGAGCUGGAUCUCGACUUUGCAACUGUCUUAUGCGGAACACUGGAAACCAAGACAAUUGUGUUGGAGAAUAGCUCCCCAGUUCGAGCUUCCUUCGAGGUCCAGCGCGUCGGCAGUCAACCCCAUGUGGGUCCUCCUCUGUCUGCUCCAAUCACAGUGUGCCCGCGGAACGGCGUCGUCGGCCCAGGAGAACAUUUUCCUCUGACCUUCAAGUUUCAGAGCGCCUCUGUCAAAGAAGAAAUCUUCCACGAGUUUCAGGUGGUCAUGAGGAUCGGAGCUCCCAUCAUCGUCAAGGUGAAGGGCGUCGUUGGACCAGUCGAAGCGACUCUCUCCAGCAAUCAUCUUCAUUUUGGGAAUGUACCGACAGGACGCAAGGUCACGAAACAAGUACAACUACGCAAUCUUUCAAAACGCGCAGUUCUGUACCAAUUCGUUAAUUUGGAUGACACCGGCUUUGUCUGUGUCGACAAACCUAGCGGCAUGCUGGGUCCUCAGACUGGCUGUACGCUGUCCUUCACCUUUGGUGCUCAAGUCGCUCUGCAGUUUUACAAAAGAGCCUUCUGUCUAGUUCAAGGAACUGAACAGCCUUUGACGCUAGAUCUCCUCGCCACGUGUUACACCAACGAGGAACGUCCAGCUGCCGUCACUCUCAGCCACAUCUACCUGAGAAGGUGGGAAGCGUUAGGAAACUCCCCCCCGCCCGAAGGUUCCUUCGAGCUCCACUGCCGAGGCAACCCUGAGGAAGUCCGCAGUCCCCCAGAAACGCCCACCUCGCUCUUCACAGCUUUAACGGCCGAUGUCUCGGACUCCUCCAGGGUCACUUACGAUCGCGUGGCGCUUGCCGUCUCCGUCGAUUUCUGCCAGUUAGAGGCAGUCGUGUGUCCGCUGUUCAACAUGUCUUACCGUCUCGCCCAGCCUCUGCCUCGUUCUCCUGCUUGUCUCUCUUGCUCGGCUCGGGGACCGUCGGUCUCACUGUCGUCGAAAGCUCUCGCCCCCCACGCCCACGUUGCCGAACCAGCUAUCCGAUUCAGGCCAUGCAUUCCAGGCGAAAGUGCCUUCCAUCUGACACAACUUUUCAACAAAGGAGACACGCCUCUUUCGUUUGACAUUCUCCCCAAGGCCGCCGACUCAGGCGCCUCUUCCGACGACCUAAUUGCCUGCAGCGGGCCGUUCAAAGCGUGGCCGCUGUCCGGAAUGAUUCCGCCUCAGGGAUUCCAUCUCGUCGUGCUUCAGUUUCAGCCUCGCCGUGCAUCGAACCUCGCUUGGCUGUCGGGCACCUUCGAUGUUGUCUUUGAUGGCAAAGAACUCUUCACGAAACACAUUCGAGUGUACGGGCGUUCCUGGGAGCCUGCGGUCUCCUUGGAGCCGCAAACGCUGGAAGGCAAAUGCCGCGCAACGCUCCUCGCCCGAACGCUCCCGACUCCUCUCGCGGCCUUGCAGCAUGCAGAACAGGAUUUUUGUGCGUUUCCGUCCGCCUUCUCCGACAGUCUUCGCCUCGCCGGUUGCGCAGUUGCCGAGCCUCUUGCCAUCGAACCGAAGCGAAUGAACUUGCGCGCCGUGACUGCGCACGUCACUCUGACUCGCGAGACACCGAAUAAAUUUAAAGAAAGACACCUGGCGAGAGAGGUGGCGACGGAAGAUCUGCAAUUUCUCGCGGCGAAAGGCCUGGAUGCUCGCGCAAGCGCGCUGCGUCGUCUGACAUCUUUCUUGGUUCGCUUGGGGGCACACACUGAAGAACUUCGCGAAAGUGCAGUGCUCCUCACUUUCUACAAUCCUGGACAAGUGCCCGCCGAACUGACUCUCGGAACCGCGGCCGAUCUGAAACUCGCAGAACCUCCUGCAUGGGCAGAUGAAAGGGACGAGGAAAGCGAUAUCCGCUGCGACUCUCUCCUCUUGGAGCCAAGACGCCUCCGCCUCAAUGUAGACGGAUACAAAAGUGUUGUCGUUCUUCUGCAACACCGGCGAACCGGAAAGGAGCGUGUGCCGGCGAUUCUUUCGGUCGCACACGGAAGAUGCGCUGUGGUGACUUUCGAGUGGGAAACGAUCGCUCAGGCACCCAUCCUCGUAACUCGAGGAGCGACACAGACGCUCCAAAGUGUCUGGCUCGACUGGCGCCCAGCGGCAGUCCAGGCUGUCGAACUCUGCAACGACGGAGACGCGUCUUGCGAGUGGAAGCUUGCAGUCGAAAAGGACAAGAGUUCUUGGAGACGGCACGAAAUCGUCUCCUUCGCUCCCCAGCGUGGCACACUGCCCCCGCACGCAGCCACGCAUGUCCACGUGCGCUUCGCGCCGCUCGAGGAGGCAGAGUAUGAGUUUCCGGUGACUCUGUCCUGGAACGAAAGCCGCAAGCAGAAAGACCCCACGUCUCCAGGAGGGAGACUUGUCCUGCCGGCGCGGGCGUCUUCCUCUUCAUUUCCGCUGUCUCCAGAAGCCGAGGUCGCAGUGAGUCGGGAGGAACUUCCUGACCACUUGGGUUCCGAUCCUGCUUCGUCUUGUUUGCUUUUGAAGGCCCGAGGAGUCGCCGACAGGCAGGUGAAGCGUGAAGAGGCAAAACCAAGCUUGCCGGCGUUUCUCCGAAACAACGCCGCCGUCGUUCCAGUCGCCUCUCUCGCCAGGCUCUCCGCCGAGACUCUCCUGCUGCACGCCGUCCCCUCAAAGUCAGCAACGCGCUUGCUCUUAAAAAGCUUCCCAGCAAACCCCUGA